AUGUUGGAUCACUUACUACCGCUUCUAUUUCGUGACUUUGAGCACUUUAAUGAAGCGAACAAGGAGAACUUUGGAUAUAUUAUUCGUCGCCGUGCUCGUUCCGUAUCUUCCCGAGUGUCCAGGACAUCACGAACACCUCCACGCCCUCCGAGACGUAUUUACAACAGCUUUAAAGUUGGUCGUGAUGCAGCUUCCAACUGCAGGCUCAAGCGUCGACGAGAUGAUGCGGAUGACGGUACUCAUGAGCAACGAGCUGUCAAGAAACGCCACACGCAGAGCAAAGCUAAGGCAGAGGAAUUAAUCACCAUGAGACAAGAGCAGAAAUCAACAGUCAAACAAGAUACAAUCAAAGAGGGAGACACCUUUAACUUUAAUGGUGGUAUAGCUUCAAAUUGCAAGCUCAAGCGUCGACGAGAUGAUUCAGAUGACGGUAAUGAUGAGCAACGAGAUGUCAAGAAACGCUCCACGCAGAGCAAAGCUAAGGAAGAGGAACUGAUAGCUAAGAAACAAGAACAGAAACCAACACUUAAGCAAGAUACAAUCAAAAAAGAGAAUGACGAAGGUAAGGAAGAAGAACGAACAAACUUUGUGACGCCCAAGAAGAAGACCCAGGAACCCAAGAUCUCUGCUAAAAAGGCAGCCAAGAAGCUCAAGAAGAACAAAGUAACAACAAGCGUGACGGCACAUUUCAAGGAGAAAACCAUGGUCAAGAUAUCAAAAACUACGACACCAAAACGGAUUCCAUUGCAAGAUGUUACUCAUCUUUAUGACUAUCAACUUCUGUUGCAAUUCGGUUCUUCUAGUGUCACAGCUUGCAUCACUUUUGUGUGUAUCAUGUACACGCCUAUUUAG